GCCACGAAGUGACCUCAUCGCCGGCUACGCUGCUCUCCACAACGCUCACGGUCGACGAUGUAACGUCGACGCUGGGACAUACGCUAUCAUAUUCGUCUCUACAUCACCAUUGUUACUAUGCAGACGCGACUUGGGCACCUCAUUCGGCGAAGCAAUGCUUCCGCUCUGCAUACACGAGAUGCUCGAAGAUUAUGUCGAAGGAGCUACGCGACGAGAGGUGUAGAUCGAAAUACGACCUCGCCGCAGGAGGGGAAAGCUGACACUAGUCUGGACCCCGCUUCUUCGUCCCCGCAUGGGAAGGACACUGUGCAAAGCACUUCCACACUACCCGCGGACCAGGAAGAAGACUCUCCACGAUCAAAGGUCAAAUCCCUCGCCGAACGUGACGAAGCGCUGAAGAGUGCGCUCGAAGACAUGUCUGGCGAAGGCGGGGCGGCUGGGCUUGAGCUCGAGGACGGGCAGCCUGUGGCUAUGAAAAGGGGCGUUCGGAGUAAUAUGUUCCGAUACAUCUAAUGGGGCGGCCCCGGUGCCUCGGAGGUGCAGAUACACGAAUGAAAUUUGGGAUCAGCGAUGCUUAAUGUGUAUCCAUAUGAACGUUGAUAGAUUGGCAGAAUGAACUGUAUUCUUUAAUUACAUCUUCC